UGUCAGCAACCCGGAGGCCGUUUGUACUUGGCCGCGGCCAGGCGGACUCCAGUUCCCGUGACAGACAGGGGCGGGGGCAGGGGGGCCGCCUGUCCCGGGGCUCCGCACGAGGGCAUCUCCCAUUCUCCUGCCUUCGGGCUCCGCUCUGGACCCGGCAGCGGACGCAAGUCGGGGUGCUGCACGCCCCGGGAGUUGCCAGACCCGGGCGCGAUGGCUCCCGUGAGGAGUGGGGCGGGAGGUGGCCGAGGGCUGGGCGCGCCCCUCGCGCCGGGAGCGUUAUGAGCCGGGCAAAGGGCCGCUGCAGCAGCUCCAGCCUCAGCCUCGGCCGGCGCCUUCCGCCGGCCCUUGCCCGCCCGCCCCCGCGCACCAUGCCGACCCCCGCCCUGUGGAGUCCGCCGCGCAGCCCCUUCUUCCUCUCUGGCCCCCGCUAAGCCUCGCGGGAGUGGUCUUGGCCGCCGGGGCAGCCGCCCAGGCCGCGCCCCGGGGGGAGGCGGAACCGCGGGGCGCCCGGAGUCCCGGCUCAGCCCUUCGCUCUCCAGCCGCGUGCCCCUCCCGGCCGCUCAGCGCGUCCGCGGCGAUGGGGGCGCUGCUGGCGCUCUGCCUUCUCUUGGGCUGGCUGCGCGGGGGUCCGGCGGACGCCCAGCAGUCCGGAGAGUACUGCCACGGCUGGGUGGACGUGCAGGGCAACUACCACGAGGGCUUCCAGUGCCCGGAGGACUUCGACACGCUGGACGCCACCAUCUGCUGCGGCUCCUGCGCGCUGCGCUACUGCUGCGCCGCGGCCGACGCCAGGCUGGAGCAGGGCGGCUGCACCAAUGACCGCGGCGAGCUGGAGCACCCCGGCAUCACGGCGCAGCCCGUCUACGUUCCCUUCCUGAUCGUUGGCUCCAUCUUCAUUGCCUUCAUCAUUCUGGGCUCUUUAGUGGCUGUUUAUUGCUGCACCUGCUUGAGACCCAAGGAGCCCUCGCAGCAGCCAAUCCGAUUCUCGCUCCGCAGCUAUCAGACGGAGACCCUGCCCAUGAUCCUGACCUCCACGAACCUCAGGGCUCCUUCCAGGCAGUCCAGCACGGCCACCAGCUCCAGCUCCACAGGGGGCUCCAUCCGAAGGUUCUCCUUUGCCAGGGCAGAGCCAGGCUGCCUGGUGCCCUCACCACCCCCGCCUUACACCACAGGCCACCCAAUCCACCUGACCCAGCCGUCCGGUUUCCUGGUGUCACCCCAGUACUUUGCUUACCCACUCCAGCAGGAGCCACCACUGCCUGGGAAGAGCUGUCCAGACUUCAGUUCCAGUUGACAGGCCAUGGCUACAGAUCCACCGUGUAGUGCAAUGGCAGACCCACGGACGCUGCUGCCACGGCCACCAGGAUUUCUGAGGAAAUUUCCCUUGAACCCAGCAAUGUCAUGGAGGAAAGUGCAAGGAAAAUACAGCACCUUCUAAUCUUGAGGUUCCUGGCUCCAGUUGCAGAAUGGCUGUUAGAGAAUUGCUUUCUGGCUUUGAAAACAUGGUGACUAUUACAUUUCAAUUUAUGUUACUUUUAUUCAAAAUAGGCAGUAGUCCGACUUUAAAGUUACAAAUUGGCUGAAGAUGUUUUAUUGGACAACUCAGCUAUCCUGCUUAGAAAAGGCCUACGUGUUCUUUUUUCAUUAUAAGUUGUUUAGUGAGUGAUAAUACAAAUAUAUAUAUAAAUAAAGAAAUAUACCUGAUUGUAAUUAUUGAAGGUUCACUUAAAAAUUAAUUGCUAAGUAAACUGAGGGGACAGUGAACAACCUAUUUAUAAUUUGGGGAGCAACUUAACCGUGAAUAAUAUUAGCAUCAUGAGAACAGUUACUUUUUAAAUUAACAGCUAAAUUUUGUUUAAAAUAUAAGAGCGUCUUGAGAAUACAAGAUUUCAAUAACCACAUGAGAAGUUUAACAUUUUAAAUAUUUACUUAGAUAUUCAUUGUAACAGAGAUCUUAUGUAAAAGCAUUUUCCCCACCCACCCGAGGGAGUAUUUAUUGCAGACUUUUUGUUCAGCAACAUUUAGUGUUUAAAUGAAAGUUGGACAGUUGGUUCUUAAAACAUUUAUUUGUAAAAUGACUUAUGUACAAAUGUAAAGGUUUGUAAUUUAAUGUAUUUACCACAUUGACGGUACUGAUUAGUAGUCGCACUGUAAUUUUUUAUGUUAAUAAUAAGUGUGGAGUUCAAAGUCCAGCUUUGGCUGUAAUCAUCUAAUAGUAUGUAUCUUAAGUGCCACUGGAUUCCAUGUCUGAUGACUAAAUAUUUGGGCAUAUAUCCUGCUGGAUUAGAAUAAAUAAAAUGCUUUAUGUUUUCGUGAAAUCUCUUUGAA